CGAUAUUACAUGAAGAUUGUAGUGCCGUGACGAUCAUCGGCAUCGUAUCGAAAAUAUCCAGAACAGCGCUUCUGUUACAACAGUUUUUGUUCCCGAAGAUAAAAUUUUCCUUUAAACGAAAGCGAUCUCGAUGCGUCGGUAACGUCGCUGGGUACCACUCCCUACAGCUUUUCGUAAAUGCAUGAUAAAUUAAUUUGAUCAACGAUGAAAUACAUCAAAGUUCUUCGAGUUCAUUGUCGAUAAAAAGUAGUAAGUAUAUCGAGGCGUCAUUUUUGCCGUAACACGGUUCCUGUACCUGUUUCAGUUUUCUUUAUCUCCAUACCGCAUAAGUAGUAAAAAAGACCUCGGAAUAAAACUAACAGUAUUAUGGUAGGUACAUGAGGUGUGCCUGUGCGCCAGAACGAGUAAUCAUGACGGAGAGUAGUAGCAAUGGAAAAUAAAGAAGUACAUCAAGAAGUUCUCAAUAAAAGUAGUAGUUGUAAUCUUGAAGUUGUGUGUCUACCUUUUUCAUACACAUUUUGUCUUUGAUAGUAGCAGUAAUAAAAACAAGCAUGACCACUUACAUCUCAUGAAGGUCACGCCUUAUCAGAAGAAUUUCUCAAAAAUCCCAACAACAAAAAAAUUAUAGCAAGCAAGUUUUCAACAUUCGGUAUUUCGUUGCCACUCGCACUCUCUGGUAUCAAGAAAAUCCAAGAACAUCCCUGUUGACUUUCUAAAAGUCUAAAGAACCUCCCUAUUCUCACCCUUCAAAAUAUACGACACCUGAAAUCGGCAUCCACCGUAGUUCUCCGCGCGCUGUCCCCAAUUUUUACCUACGACUCUCUCGAAAAGAGUCCGUGACGACGCUCACCUGCGAAGAACCCGGAUCAAGUUCGGCAAGAAGAAGGAACUACUGCAAGAAAUGGCUAUCACUGUGGAGCAAUCUACUUCCAACAAGUCCGACGCCGGUGGCGUCGACAAGAUGAAGCAGUUGCGCGGAGGAGCUGCAGCUCCUGCGGGUGCUGGAGCGGGUGGUACUGGGAUUGAAAAUACCCUGAUCAACAAAACUUCUAAUCCCACCACCUCCACCCGAGGCAACGCGGCCACCACGACGACCAGCAACAUGAUGGGUCCGGCGGAGCUGAGCAGCAACAAACUGAAGAAGUUUAAGCUGUACAUCCCCUCGGUCUCGUUCAUCGAACUCUGCUCCUGCUUCUUCAUCGUCGGCUUGUAUGGGAAGUUGCUCGUGUACUUUUUCCACGAGAAGGACGGCGUCGCGAGCUCCAGCCAGUGGCAUUUGUUCCUGCACAACUCCCUAGCGGUGUUGGUGUACGGCUGCUUCUGGCGGUUUCUGCAACAGCGCUGGAUGAAGUGGAAGGCGUAUUGCGCGAAAAAUCCGGAGACCGCCACGGUGCUCAAGUUUCUGCUCGGCGGGAACGUGGAUCUGUUCUCGGGGAUCAGUCGCAAUGGCCGGAGUUCGACGUCGUCCCGUGGGACGAUCAUGUCGCAGGAGCAGGAAGGGCUGGAGGCGAACGACUCCGGGCGUAUUUCUGCCGAAAUGGGCAGUUCUGGCACGACCAUGAAGGGCAAGCAGAUGAAUGACGAGAAGGAGAUUAGUGGACUACUACACCAACAAGCCAACAUCCCGACCAACACCAAUCUGAAGCUGCAGCAUGACAAAAAACAGGGCUUUGCCUACGACCUGUCGUACGACGACACCGGCGCGGACAGCACCGGGACGGGCGAAGACUCCAGCCCCUGCGCCGGCAAUUCCCCCCCGUGGGACAAGAAGACCGGGUUUUUUGGCACCAAAACUGGCGGUGAAAAUAACCGCACGACCGAGGAUUCGUCUCCGGAUUUGAAGAAGAGGACCAACAGUGCUGACGGUAGUUGCAAGGAUAAUUCAUCUUCCAAGAUCACGAACAGCACGACGACGAACAAGCCGGUUUUUCCGCUCGCGAAGCCUAGUUCGGACGACAUCAAGCGUUUGGUGAAUUUGUCAGAGAUGACGUACGACACGGUGGUGGACCCGGCCAGCGAAGGGAUCCGCGUCGGGUGGGGGCACGCGCUGAUCGUGUGUCUCUCCUACUGGUACCGGGCCUAUUUCAUGCACUGCACCGUGGAGCGCAUCUGCACCACGCACCUCUUUCGCGACAACGACCUGAUCCACGCCUUCGUGUCCCCGCUGGCCGGCCGCUUGGUCGCGAUGGUGGGCGAGCAGGUGUUCAUGUGGAACGCGGUCAUCCCCUGCGUCUGCUGGGGCCCCUACAAACGGUUCAAGUACUACAUGCUGUGCGGGCUGGUCGCGUUCGCGGAGCAGAUCUCCAACAUUGGAGUCAUCAAGCGCCACUACGGCUUUUUCUUGCUCGAAAACUCCACCUGGACCAUCGUCUUCACGGUCAUCUUCUGGCAGAUCUUCAAGAAGCGCUUCUUCAUCUGCCGCUUGUCCUCGGCCCCGAAAGAGGUCGCGAUCGCGGAGGAAGAGGAAGAAAAGUUGAUGAAGAACCACGGUUAUCCUGUGCAAAAGUAUCGUACUCGUAGUAAUCGCGAUCAUGCAUGACAAAUAUCCCUUUUAUAGGUAAAUCAGCAUUACAAAUUCCAUUUCUCUUCUUGAAAAAACUUGUGAUGCAAUUUAUACUAGUACGAUACUUUUGCAAUGCAUAACGGUGCGUUCGAAGAAGAUUUGACGUCGGCCGGGGACCUGCGCAAGCGUGGUUCCUCCGCUGCUGGUGGUAUUUCCUCGUCCACGACCUCGUCCUCGUCUAAGCUGCCCAAGGCGGGGGCCUAUGAACUGCAAAAGUAUCGUACUCGUAUAAAUGCAUUAAUACAACUUUUUUCAGCAUGGCAAAUAAAAUUUGUAAUGCUGAUUUGCCUUGGCAAAGAAAUUUGUAAUGCAAGACCUGCAUUUAUACGAGUACGAUACUUUUGCACAGCAUAGGGCAAUGCUGCAGGCGAAGAAACUGGCCGAGAACCUCCGCACCAAGAUCGUGAACUUCCGCAAGCUAUCAAAUGCAAAAAUGUCUGGGUCUGGAAGAAUGCAUGUUUGUAAUGCUUGUCUGGCAUGAGUCUUAAAUCUGUCAUGCACGUUACCCAAGAGCCCCGCUUUUCUGUCAUGCAGAGACGCAGUUUGUCAUGCAGAACAGGCAACACCUAGGUAGAAGCUCCGAGACUUGUCAUGCGGAGCCAGCACUUGUGGCCUCUUCAUGAUACGCCGCCCAGCAUGACAAGUUUCCAGACCCAGACAUACUUGCAAUGCAUACAAGCCGCGCACGCUGCGCAUGCUGGUCUUGACCCGGUUCGUCGCGUUGCUGGCGGUGGGUCUGUUCAUCGGGUACGAGCUGUACUUCGACCUGCCCAUGUACUACUCGCUCUGGGACUCCACCUACCUGAAGCAGGACUACGACCUGCAGUUCUACCCGCAGGGGCUGAAGCACUCGCUGCAGUGCCACACCAUGGUGGAGAACACCUCCAACGAGCACUGGCGCCCGGUGAUGCUCUGGCAGGCGGCCAACUACACCAUGGUUCCGCUGGCCAUGGUGCUGCUGUCCUCCCUGACCUACGACCGCAAGCGGGUCUUCAUGGGCCUGGACCGCCGCGUCUUUUUCGACGUGUCGGAGAAGAUAGGAAAGUGCACAAUUCCCCUGCUUCCCUCUUCUUUGUAAAUGUUGUACUUAUCUAUGCACCACGGAAAAAAUAGAAGUGUAACUGUUCGUGUAGAAGUGUCGCGGCCAAGAUCAAGAAUUCGGGUUAUGUUGCAGGAGCUGGAUUUUAGAACUAGAAGUGUUAUGUCUAUCAUCCAGGCCGCCGCUGCUGGACCAGGUCAUGUAAGCUGUGCCUAGAGGGAAAGGAUGGCUUCGGCUUUUAGUUUUAUUUGCAGGACAAAUGAGGGGGAGGCGGAGUAGUUGUGCACUCUCAUAAAGGGCGGGUUGGAUCUCGGUCAUCACGUCUAAGGAAAAUGCCGCCGGGAACGGAGGAUACCUGCCGCGGGGGCAGUAAAUUCGGUGGAUGUAGUGGACAGGGUGUACUGGAAGAUUUCUUGGAGAAGACGAAAUCAAUCGUAGCGUAGUUUUCAACUACGCAGUUGAGAAACGAUUGCAGUACUGUUGCAGCACUUUCUUUGGGGAACGAAAAAUAUUUGCGGUAGGCACUGGAGUUUUUCAGGAAAUUCUCUUGAUGUCCUCUAGUGGCUCAUGAAAGAAUAUCAACGACAGAUAGACGACAAAAAAAACAGAAUUUUCAAACCUCGAGUCUAGAUGUAGAUUCGUUUUUUACGCACUUUUAGUUUUACAUGCAGCGACAAUUUGAAUAAUAAAUACGUAUUGCUAUGAUCGCAAUCAAUUUCAAU